CCCUAUAUCUCUCUGUACCUAUUUUCCCUCCAAAUCGAAGGGUUUAGGGAAAGUUGUGUGGGGAGUUCUUGGGAGCUAUCCGAUCUUCGUCUAAAUCGAAUCAGCGAGCUCUCUGUGAGCAACGGCAAUGGCGGCCUCUUCUUCGUCAUCAUUGAGCCACGGCUACGAAAUUCCGUGGGUAGAGAAGUACAGACCCUCCAAAGUCGCCGACAUUGUGGGCAACGAAGACGCCAUGUCGAGGCUUCAAAUCAUCGCUCGUGACGGCAACAUGCCCAACCUCAUCUUAGCCGGUCCUCCCGGAACUGGUAAAACCACUAGUAUAUUGGCUCUUGCUCAUGAGCUAUUGGGACCAAAUUAUAGGGAGGCAGUUCUAGAGCUGAAUGCAUCAGAUGACAGGGGAAUUGAUGUUGUGAGAAACAAAAUUAAGAUGUUUGCCCAAAAGAAAGUUACAUUACCUCCUGGGCGGCACAAAGUAAUAAUUUUGGAUGAAGCCGACAGCAUGACAUCUGGAGCACAACAAGCCUUGAGGCGGACAAUGGAAAUAUAUUCAAAUUCCACUCGUUUUGCUCUUGCUUGCAAUACAUCCUCUAAAAUUAUCGAGCCUAUCCAGAGUAGAUGUGCCCUUGUCCGGUUUGCAAGAUUAUCUGAUCAAGAGAUCCUUGGGCGUCUUAUGGUGGUGCUUGAAGCAGAAAAGGUUCCCUACAUUCCGGAAGGCCUUGAAGCAAUUAUUUUCACAGCUGAUGGUGAUAUGAGGCAGGCAUUGAAUAACUUGCAAGCUACAUUCAGUGGAUUUCGUUUUGUCAACCAAGAAAAUGUUUUCAAGGUUUGCGAUCAGCCACAUCCCUUGCAUGUAAAGAAUAUGGUGCGCAAUGUACUAGAGGGGAAGUUUGAUGAUGCCUGUUCUGGUUUAAAGCAGCUUUAUGAUUUGGGCUACUCCCCCACGGACAUAAUUACUACUCUUUUUCGAAUUAUAAAGAACUAUGAUAUGGCUGAGUAUCUGAAAUUGGAAUUCAUGAAGGAAACUGGUUUUGCUCAUAUGAGAAUUUGUGAUGGAGUUGGUUCAUAUCUUCAGCUAUGUGGCCUGAUGGCUAAGCUCUCGCUAGUUCGGGAAACAGUUCAAGCAGCAUAAGUAGAUUGCCAGCUAUUGUAUUGUGAUCAAGGUCUUGUUGCAGUUGAGAUCCACUCAUGAAAACAUGUAUAUGUUUUCUCUGUAUUUUGUUGAGAGGAACUAGUAUCAACUCUAUGAGUUCUCUCUCUCUCUCUUUUAUUUUUUUUGGCUUGUAUGUGAAUUGCAGACCUUGUAAGCUUGAACAUCUACAAAGCUCAAGUUUUUUGUCUUGAACAUCUACAAAGCUCAAGUUUUUUUUGUUGCA